UUCAGAUGUUGGAGCUGAGGCUGGCACGUGGGAGUUUGUUGAAGAAGGUGGUAGAAGCAAUUAAAGAUUUUGUGGACGAUGCCAAUUUUGAUUUCUCGGCCACCGGAUUGUACGUGCAGACCAUGGACUCGUACGAAGCGGCGAUGGUGGAGCUGCUGCUCCGGCGGGAUGGCUUUGUGCACUACCGCUGCGACCGUAAAAUCUCCAUCGGAGUGAACUUUGAAAAUAUGUCUGAAAUGUUGGAGGGCGCCGGUGAAGAUGACGUCAUCACCCUCAAGGCCGAUGACGGCAGCAGUGACUUAACGUUCGUGUUCGAGAAUCCCGCUCAAGAUAUAAUUACUGAGUUUAAGAUGAAGAUUUUGGAUACCGAGUAUGAUGCUACCGUCAGAAUGUCGUCUUUGAGAUUUGCAAAAGUUUGUAAGAAUCUUUUCUGUAUAGGCAAGAAAGUUGUGAUCUCCGUUACGAAUGAAGGAGUAAGAUUCUCAACAAGUGGCGAUUCAGGAAGUACGACAACUAUUUUCUGCAGGCAGAAUACAACCGCGGACAAGCCAGAAGAUGCAACAGUGAUAGAAGUGAAAAGAGAAAUGUCUUUGCUGUUUCUUCUUUCGUUUUUGUGCAAAAUCACGGAGGCAACUCCAUUAUCAAACACGGUAACCCUAAGCUUUUGCACGGAGUUCCCUUUACGGGUUGAGUACAAGAUUGCAGAAAUGGGCUAUAUAAGGUUUCAUUUGUCACCCAAAAUUUGACGAGUUUUUUAUGAAGUAUGAUGAAUUUUGGAAUAUUUACUUCUCCUGUGUCUGAUUAUUCUGUAAUGGAGAAGAUAAAUAAUGUGUUAUGUUGCAAAUAUAUGAGAUGCCAUUUUAGUUCA